UUAAAUGAUGUGUUGAAAAUGAUUGAUUUGUAGACGGUUUAAAAUGGAAUAUUCUUGGCAUAUGGAGGACAGUGGAACUAAUUUAAGGAGAUUGCAGAGAAAUCCAGGUCCGGGUCUCAUCGACGAGCUGGAGGCCUACAUGGCGCCCGUGGGGGACUAUCCGCCGGACCGGAGGCUCGGGAACCACCAACUCCCCGAAAGCCCCCCAGACUCUGGCUCCGAGAACCCCUACAGCCCGGACACCUCCCACAUACCCGUCCUGCCAGAAUACGUGGUCCCCUCACACCUGCAGGAGCUGGUGCCAGGAGAAUACAUGUAUGAGGAGCUAAAAGAUAACCUGGACGUGGUGGUGAUGCCGGGGGAGGUGGAGCUGGGGGGGAGGCUGGAGGGGAUCUAUCCUAGGCACUCGUCCCUCAACGACAUCUUGCGACGCGCGCUCGCUAGCGCUAACGUGCCGGCUUUGCUGGAGCCAUCCGGCGUCCUCAGGGACGAUGGUAAGAGGCCGGAUGGCAUGACGCUGAUUCCAUGGGAGAUGGGGCGGGUGUUGGUGUGGGACGCUACAUGCGUCGAUACACUGGCCCCGUCCCAUCUUCAUGGCACCUCCGUCUCGCCGGGUGCAGCUGCAGAUGCGGCUGAGCGAAACAAAAGGAAUAAGUACAGCCGCAUCGGGACAUUUCCUUCCAGGUACAACCAAAUGCGGGUAGACCUCCCGGAGCUAGACCAGACCAUCAUCAGCCCUCAGCUGGUGUCCCUCGGCCAUGAGACCUUAACACCAGUUUACACAACCCUACAGGAACCAAGCACGAAGAAGAGGAAGCACUCUCAAGACGUUUCUCAAGUCAAGUGUGAACCAGCAGCCCUAUCACCAGAAACGCACGUCCGCCCAGCGCCACCUUCCGUAGAGGGCUCAGAGGCAGGAGAUGACGUGCCCCUCCAGUGUAUAAGAUUCGCGCCCUUCCAGCAGAAUCUGUGGCACACGCUGUAUGACUGCAACCUGAAACCACUCCAACCCCCCUCCUACGUCGUCGGCGCCGACAAAGGCUUCAACUUCUCUCAGAUCGACGAGGCCUUCGUCUGCCAGAAGAAGAACCAUUUCCAAGUGACCUGCCAGAUUCAGAUGCAGGGCGACCCGCAUUACGUCAAGACGAACGAGGGGUUUAAGAAGAUUAGCGGGUUUAGGCUGCAUUUUUAUGGUGUCAAGGCAGAAGAUCCCAGUCAAGAAGUGAGAGUAGAACAAAGCCAAUCCGACCGUACGAAGAAACCUUUCCAUCCUGUACCAGUGGAACUUAGACGCGAAGGAACAAAAGUGACCGUCGGCCGCCUCCACUUCGCAGAGACCACCAACAACAAUAUGAGGAAGAAGGGGCGACCUAACCCUGACCAGAGACAUUUCCAAUUGGUGGUGGCUCUUAGAGCGUAUGUUCCUAGUGGGGAUGUCAUGGUUGCUGCUAGCGCUAGCGACAGGAUUAUUGUCAGGGCAUCGAACCCAGGACAGUUCGAGUCGGACUGCACCGAGAACUGGUGGCAACGGGGCGUGUCCGACAACAGCGUCCACUUUAACGGUCGUGUCGGGAUUAACACUGACCGGCCUGACGAGUCCUGUGUCAUUAAUGGUAAUCUCAAAGUGAUGGGUCACGUUGUCCACCCAUCAGAUGCUCGGGCGAAGCACAACAUUGAAGAGUUGGAUACGGCGCAGCAGCUGAAGAAUGUUCAGAGCAUCAGAGUUGUAAAGUUCAACUACGACCCGUCCUUCGCCGAGCACUCGGGCUUGCUCGGGUUCGACCCGACGUCCCCCGCCCCGCAGGCCGACACGGGGGUCAUUGCGCAGGAGGUCAGACAAGUGCUGCCAGAAGCGGUGAAGGAGGCAGGAGAUGUCACGCUGCCGAAUGGGGAUACCAUACACAAGUUUUUGGUUGUCAAUAAGGACCGUAUCUUCAUGGAGAAUCUCGGAGCAGUCAAAGAGUUGUGCCGAGUGACUGGAAACCUGGAGUCCCGUAUCGACCAUCUGGAGAAGAUUAACAGGAAAUUGUGCAAAAUCAAUAUUCUUCAGAGGAGAGACAGUGCUCGGUCUAAUAUUAGCAGCGACUCCCACUUCUCAGCCAUAUCCUCCUCAUCAAAAUCCUUCUACAGCGACGGCAACAUAUCCAUAGACCAAAUACGCGACAUAGCCCGCAACAUCCGACGACACGAGUGUUGCCACAAACUCAGCCACAACUCCCCCAAAUACACAAGGAAACAAUGCAAAACCUGCCACGACCCACGAAACUACUCGAAAUACGGGAAAUUCUACAACAACAAUAAAACCUGCGUGAGAUACCAUAAAGAGGAAAACCACGAAUGCAAAUUCCCGCCUUACGUUGGCACUUUGGAAUCUGACAUUCAGAAAAUCUCGGAUGACAGCACGAUGUCGAAAAAAAAAGAUACUUGUCUGUGGUUGAAGGAGGAUUUCGCGCCUGGCAACAACAAGCUGGCGUUUUGCUGUAAGAAGGAGUACAGUGAUGCCAGCAGCGAAUUGAUUUCUAAUAAGUUUUUGCAGAUUGUGAUCACGAUUUUAAUUUUCAUUAUGGCUGUUUGUUUGGUGGUAAUGUCCGCACUAUAUUUCCGUGAACAUCAAGAGUUGUUAAACAUGAAGGAAAAUAGACAGCAUGAAAAAUACACGUACUACAACUAUAGGAAAGAAAACAUUCCUUACAGAGCCACGCCUCCCGACUUGAACCAAAUACAGAAUUUGAAAUUCUCACAACAUGCGCCUUCGAAGAAAAAUACAAAAGAAAAAGGCCCACACAAAACAACUCCUGAGUUUCCGACCACACCGUCCACAGAGUCUCUGCGCACUAUCGCUUCUACCCUCCACGCUUCAAGGAACUACGUUCGCGACGUGCUAAACAUGGAUGCCACACACUCACCGCUGGACCGCGCGAUCUCAAUAACAGCAACAGCAGACAUCGUUGGAAAACUCGCAAGUGCUUGCAGCUUUUCUGCUAACUCUGAGAAUGACCUGUACGCUGAAUGCCAGUCGCCAUGCAACCUGGAGCCCCCACAAGCCUUCGAGAACCAGGAGCCCUUGGAGCGGAAACCAGAGCUGAAUGAUACCUUCAGACCCCCAGAACCUCCAGUAAAGGAUAAUAAACUCCCAAACAUCCCAGUGAUACCUGAAAAAAAUGCCACAGAGCCCCUAAAGCAAGACAACGAUUCUAUCCAACGCUUCAAAAAGAUACCCGACGAAAUAAUGGCUGAAAACACUUUGCUGGAUCCUAAUAAGUUGAACCAGACGGAUAACUUGACUGGGAGAGUGAGAAGGGAGAUAGGGAAACGAGUGAGGAAGAGAGAGGCGAACGAAGCUUUGUCAGCUUCGAUGCGGAGUUCAGAGGAGAAUUUGGAGCAGCUUUCUGCGGAAAAAUACCCAGUUACCUUCGGUAUCGCGACGCAAUCUUUUACUAACGAUUCGCUCUUCACUGCAAUGGUGACGUCACACAUGACGUACAACAUCACCUACACCGUCCCGCUCUCGCACUGCCUGCAUGACAAGGACAUCGAUAUGGUUAUCAGGUCACCUCACCACCAACUCAGCGAGGUCCGCCUUUGCGACCUCCAAUGCGACGACGCGGACAAGAAAUGCCUCCGGGUCCGCGACGACACUAAGCCGUUUUUACAGUACGGUGCCUGGGUGCUCAGGAUGCCAUUGAGCUGCAAGAUGGAUAGAAUGCUCAGGAUCAGAGCUUCGUUUGCGCCUAAUAAGAACAUCUGCUUUGCCUCGGACCACAUAUCGUCGCUCCUGGUCUACAAUAUACACGUUUACAGAGAUUGUAACUGAUGUUUGUCAUAAUAGUUAUUUGUCAUAAUUUUUCGUUUCGACUAGCUCGUGUUUGCGUUUAUGUUAAACUCCGAAGUAUUUUAUGGUAAUUUAAUAGAGUCUGCGGAAAGAGAAGAGUCGUGCAAUGUAUGGGCUAUGCGGGGCUCUCCAAAUCCCGCGGGCCAAAUCCGGUCUGCGACGCGUUCCAAUCCGGCCUGCCGACACCCAAAGCCUCCGGCUCACGGGAGACAGGCUCCAGGGGUUCAGCCCUAACAGCAGCAACCAGAUACACACGCGAAAGUUUAUACAGGGCCCUCAGUUAAAAAGUUUCGAGACCCCUGGCCUAUUGCAUUUCACGACUCUUCUCUUUCUGCACAGACUAUUCUACAAAACUGUUUAGCCAACGUCAGUAACUAUACAUUAUUAUGUUGAGUAUAUCAACCCUUUUAGCGCUACACGUGAUCGUAUGCGGCGGGCCAUUGUGAUGUGUCUGAAUGCACGAAGGUUGAUAUGAUAUUGGGCUGUAGCGACGCGCGUCAAUUGACGUCUUUGACAGUCACAACCAAUGAUCUUUUGUCACAGACAAGACAUCCUCCAGACUGAGCAUAGUAGCGCUACCCCCUCUGCCACAAAUAUACGGUAGUUUUACUCCAUUCUCGAGUCAAAGUGUCUUUGUGUGACGUCCGUGUCUUUGAGCGGACCAAUCACGGCACGUCUCAAUCUCACCUCGUCCCCCGCACCCCUGGAUUUUUGGCAUCAUGUUUCAUGAAAUAAUUGCUCUAAACACGGUUUAGAGGAUUCGCAGUUUAUGUUGGCGGUCAGUUUAAGAGGACUUCAUAGAAUCAAUUGAAAUAUAUUUUUAAAUAGUUAAAGCAUUUAAAGUUCAUAAUGACAUAUCUUUAUUAAGAAUCUCGUUGGAAUCUGAAAACUUGGUGAUGAAAAUAAUUGUACUCGUUUUUUUUUCAAAUGGCAGUAAACUAUUUCUCUAUAUAGCCUAAGAAAUUUGUUUUUAUUUGACAAAGUUUUUAUUGUGUAUAUUUUGGUCGUAUAUUUAAUGUGUGUUUUCAAAAGUAUUAAUUACUUAUGAUUCAAUAAUUAUAAGUAUAUGAUGAUAGCGAUUCCUAGACAUAUUUUUCUUAUAUAAGUAUAAUAUUUCCUAAAUAAUAUAAUACAUUCCAGAAGUGCAAUUAUAUUUAUAUUGUCCGUCCUCUAGGCUCAAAUACUAAAUGCGUAUUUGUUAUAUAUUUAUGGAUAUUCUCAUAUAUUUCCACAUGAAUCUCAUAUAUGUAUUACAGAUAUAUGGACUAAAUUUUGAGGUAUUACAUUUUUAAAUUAUACCUAUUUAUAAGAACCUUGUCAUUCAUUAUAAAUGAAAACACAUUCGAUAAUCUUUUUUUACACAUAGUAAAAUUAGUUAAAUGUACAGCACAUUGCGAAUUGAUCUUAUACGAAAUAUAAACCGCCUAGGUAUAUUUUUAUUGCAUAUAAUUUAAAUUUGUGUUUUUUUUACAUAACAAUUAAAUGGAUACAUGUUUUUGACGAAAUAAGACAGUAUUUUCAUAUAUUUUCAAAUGUCAAAAAAAUUGACAUAAUUUUGAAUUUAUUUUCAUGAAUUUGUUACAUUUUAAGAUUGAUGAUAUAAUAUUUAAGUCAAUUGUAAGUAAAUAAAAUUUGGUGGUAGCUUUUUUAUUUUACUUUGUACUUUACAGUACAUAAAUGUACAUUUUAAUAUGUUUUGUUUGUUAUUGAUAAUCGUUUACGUAUAUGACGUAUUUUAAAGCUUUAUUGUUAUUUUAAGGGUAUUUUUUUCUAGAAAAAACUUAUUAUAAAUGAUAUUUAAUACUCAUUUUUGGUAUUUUCACUGGUUUUCUUCACUAUAGAUAGAUCUCUGAAAAUAUCACAUAUUUUUUUCAAAAAUAUCUCAAUGAAUUUUGUGCUUUAUAUUUGAUGCAAUAGAGUACACUUUAUGAUUGUAAUAUACACAUUCCAAGCCAGUACUUAACUAGAAAAUAAGUAAAUUUUAAGACCAGUUUAGAAAAAGUAGUGCCACUAUCCUUUAUACCAACAUAACAUAUUUAUUAAAUAAUAAUGUCACUUAUUUUUAAAAAUGUUAGAAAUAAUUAUAAAAAUAGGCUUCUAUUAUUUUUUUGCUCAAUUGUUUUGAUUAGUAUUGAAACCUUUAUUCUUAUGUAUAUGUCAUUAUGACAACUUCAAUAUAAAAUCUUGAAAAACCAGUGUUUACGAUAAAAUCUUUUUCUCAAAACUGUCUUAAGAUUAAUUUUACGUCUUGCCAUAUUUUAGACUUAUUUAAAAGGUAGGUGCAUCACUUUGUAUUACGACAUAGAAUUUAGUUAUCAUAAUUAGGUCAAAUAUAAUUAUAGCAAACAUUUUUAUAAGAUGUUUGUUUGCUCCACAUUCCGUUAAAAUAGAUGUGUCGAGUUUUAUUUUUGAAAUUUAUUUUUACUUUAAUUUUUAGUUGGUAUAAUAGUUAAUAAUGAUAGAUGGUAAAUUUAUUUAUGUAAUAAUAAAAGUUGUAUUGUCUUUGUAGUUUUAAGUGUCCACAAAUUUGUAAUGUUAAAGAGACAUAAAUAAAAUGUAGUAGAGUAAC